CAGAUGGAAUGAUCUGCGGCAACUAAACAAUCUGUGAAAGUAACUAAAGGCAAAGUCAGCUAGUAAACCUAAUAUAUUAAAAUUUAUCCAUGUCCUUUUUCCAAGUUCAAGAACUCCUUGCCAUUGUUUACUUAUCAUCAUGCUCUUAAGACACGAAAUUGUUAACAUAAUUGCCAAAUUGAGGGGCAAAUAACUGUUCUGUACCAGCCUAAGUAAUGAUGUUGUUAACUAAAAAAAAAAUAUUUAAAACCUACAUAAAGCAAUUAUUUCUCAUUUUUAGAGCCCAACUAAUGAUAAUGAUGAUUAGGUCUAUAGUAAUGAAUAAAAUCCCUUUAAAAGGCAUGAAAUAGGAAAGCUUACCCAAUUUGAGAAUGACAAUUGUAGCCCAUAAGGGAGACCUAAAAGAAACCUACUUUUAAGAAAAGUGAAGAAUGUUUCUUGGCUACAAUAAAAAGGGCUUGUGACACUUGUAAAUGAUGAUUAUAAAGAGCAAAUCUCGACACUAGUUUCUAACAUACCAGCUCCAGUACAAGCAAAAUCACCCUGACAAAGAUAAAUAAAGAAAAAAAGGCGUACGACAAUGACAGGGCCGGGCUCUUCAUGUGGAGCAUGCAAGUUCCUAAGAAGAAAGUGCACGAGUGAAUGUGUGUUUGCACCCUACUUCUGUUAUGACCAGGCUGCGACCCACUUUGCAGCAGUGCACAAGGUGUUUGGCGCCAGCAAUGUUUCAAAGCUAUUAUUACACCUACCAGUACAGAACCGAAGUGAUGCUGCUAUCACCAUAUCUUACGAAGCAUUGGCUCGGAUGCGAGAUCCUGUAUAUGGUUGUGUUGCGCAUAUUCUUGCACUCCAACAACAGAUAGCCAGCUUACAAGAGGAGAUAGACAUUCUUGGUCACCAAAUGACUAAUCUCGCAGUUGGUAUUGCUAGUUGUGAAAAUCCACAAGCAACUUUAAACCCCAGAUGUGAGAUGCAGUUUUCUUCACUUCAAGAUGCCAUGAUCCCCGAGUAUUAUCAGAAUCCACAGGACACGCAAGUGAACAACUCAGGAUAUACGACUGGAAACGAAACUUUGGAUAGCCAAAUGAAUGUAGAACUGCCUCCUUUAUAUGAAUGGGAAGAUCAAGACCCUUUCUGUGAUUUUCACCCAAAUUGUUUAGACAGACUCCUAGAAGGAGUUGACCAAGAGAUCUUCCCGUACUGGUCCUGGUUGGACAGCGCAAACAAUGCAACCUGAAGUACCAAACCCGGACCGAAAACAGCAGUUUUAGCCAAUUAGCGCAUGUGCAGCAGAUGUCUUUCGAAGGAAAGUUCUGUUUUCUUUACAUCUGCAAUUCUACAUGUGUAGAUACAGAUGAGGGUGUAGGCUUAAUCCAGUUUGAACCACCAAAUAAGCUAUUGCUAU